GGCAGCUGUAUUGUUGCAAUAUGUAUAAGAAUGCUGCAGACUCCAUCCGUUAUAGUUAUUAUCAUUUGUAACAAAAUGAUUGCUAUUAUUUGUUUUUAGAAUCUAUAUUGGGGCGCUACAUUUGAAAUUGUAAACUACAUUUUGGAAUAAUGGUGUCUCUUUAGCCAUUUAUGUUUAUUUGUUCCAACGUUAUUUAAUCUUACACACUUAUGUCCCGUUAAACACUAAAAAUGCAAAUAAAUGUCGAACCUGAUGUAUACGAACAGUUCCACAAACUGAAGCAACUCCACAAACCUAUCGGUAGUGACAGCGAGUUCUUGUCUUUUAUAAUUAAUCACGUACAAAAAUGCUCGUACAAAGGUGAAAAUUGCAGCACAAAUAUACAACCUCUUCCAAAUGGUGCUCUACGAUCCUGUCCGGAAUGUAAAUUCUCUGCUGGUACUUCUGAACAACUCUGGGAUCAUUUUGAAACUGUUCAUCCUGAUGAAGGAAGUUUCUCGUGUACGUGUGGAGACUCUUACAGUCGAUUGCCACUUUUUUUGAGGCAUUAUGUGGAUUGCCCAGUAGCCUCCACUGACCUUGAGGACCCUCGUCGGAAUUUCGCAUCUCUCAAAGACGGUCGGAGGAUUUUGCCAAGUGUUUUACAUGCUAAUAGCGGUGUUGGAGGAACUAAAGUAAAUCAAUCUGGUGUUUAUCAUCCAUACCGUCAGCCUCCAGUAUCGGCCGUUGCGGGUCCUUCGGGUGAUAAACCGUAUGGAUGCCCAAAGUGCUAUAAAGGUUUUAAGAGUAAAUCUCUACUUGAUCAACAUAUGCAUCUGCAUUUUCCUCCACGCUACAAAUGUAGAUGGUGUGGUAAUGUUUAUCGUUGGCCACCUGUCUAUUAUCAUCACAAACAAAGAUGUAAAAAACGACCACUCUUAAAUCUUAGUGAUAUGAGCCACUCUAAUGAUUACCGUUGCGUCAAUGGUUCGCUUAUGAAAGUUGAAGAUUCACAAAUACACAUGGAUCAAAUUUCAUCUAGACAACAGGCAUUCAAUCGCUUUAUGAAUGCUCCAGGAGUAUCCUUUACUCAAGAACUGGCAAAUGAAAAUCUCGUACAGAACGUACCAGUUAUUGGAGAAGAUGCGGCAAAUUGUUCGUUAACCUGUUUAUGCACAGAAAGCUUUCUAAAUGUCCCUUCCUACCUCGAGCAUGCUACCAUAUGUCCAAAAGUUGUUUCAGCAUCAUCUGUAUUUGAGAACCUUGCAAGUAGAGCGUUAUGUACUUCAGCUAACUUAGGUUUCAGAUCACCGAGACAAAGGAAUCAAAUCUCUAACUUCCGAGAAUUGCCACCAGAAUAUCUUUCUCAGUUAAAAGACACAUCUCUGUUGCAUCAUGGUGUUGGUAUCUUCACAUGUAACAUGUGUGGCAAAGAAUUUAAUUCAAAAUUAUCACUUAAACAACAUGUGGAUGGUAAACACCGCGCAGAAGGCAAAUAUCUUUGUGGGACAUGUGGUAAGCGUUAUCGUUGGGGUGCUUCAUUUUAUUACCACAAGAAAACUUGUACGGGUCCACUUACUUCGUGUGUAAUCAGUUCUCAAGCGCCUGAACUUGUAACUACCCAUACAUAGUAAAAGUAACAGUGAUACCUCAUUUUAUCUGGGAAUUAUGGCGUUUUAUGUAAAUUUAUUCUCGAGGUGAUAUAAUAUAACAUUGCAGUUAGCCGUUUGGUGAUACUGGACUCUGCAUUUUUGGAUUGCAGGUAACGAAGUCAUUUUUGAACUCUUAAAUUCACUUGUUUAUCAACCGUUUUAAACCAUAUAUAUAUAUAUAUAUAUAUAUAUAUAUAUAUAUAUAUAUAAUCUGUGACUUCUAGAAACUAAUAUUACCAAAGUUAAUAAAUUUGUAAACACUUCUUGUGACAAAAUGAUUUAAUAUUCCAGUAAAUUUGUGUAUAAUUUAAUUUUCCAUUCACAAAUCACUCAGCUGAAUUACCUGGUGUACUGGUGCAUUUAUUGUUUCACUAGUAUAUCUUCAUUUACUUACUUUUAAUAUGUAAUUAGUUGUACAUUUGUUUCAAAGAUAUUUUCUAUGCGUUGAAAAUGCUAAUACCUCCCAACGCUUAUUUAUGCUUCAUUUUUUUCCUGCUUUUUACUUAUCUAGUCAAAUGUUUGGCGUAAUGUAACCAGGCUUGUAACACUCAGUUUAUUACUUCAAAAAUUUUUUAUGAGGAUCUGAUUUAAUUCAAUGUGUUUCUUAUAUGUUGUCCUUUAAGACUCUCUCUAGGAAAUGACACUCAAUUGGAAUAUUUAAGCUUUAGUGUAUUCGACGCAACAUAUAUUUAAGAAUAUUAUAUGUAUGUGUUAAGUUUCCAGAUAUAGAAUCCCAUUUUGGUU